AUGCAGUCAUUUAUGUCUACAAAACUUGCCAGAGCUCUUGGAGCUGCUGUUGUAUUGUUCAUUUUCUCGUUAUUCAUUUUCGAGACUUCGCCUACUUCUGUCAGCUCGUUAAGUAGCAGUGUUACCAGUAAAGUGACUGGUGUGUCUAAAGAUGCUGGCUCCAAGUCGGAAGUAAGCCUUGAUCCUCUUUCUUGUACAAAAUCAUAUGAUGGUAAGAAGCCCAUCACUCAAUAUGCUGUUGUCAUUGAUGCUGGUUCAUCUGGAUCUCGUGUUCAUGUUUACAAGUUCAACAACUGUUUGGCUACCCCUAGACUUUUAGGAGAAGAGUUCAAGAUGAUGCAACCGGGUUUGUCGUCUUUUGAAAAUGAUCCUGAGGCUGCCGCCAAGUCUCUUGACGAGCUGCUGGCUGUAGCCGUUGAACAUGUGCCAAAGGAUGUUCAAGGUUGUACCCCUAUUGUCGUUAAAGCUACUGCAGGUUUGAGAAUGAUUGGUGUUGAAGCUGCUGACAAGAUUUUGGCUGCAGUUCGUACUCGUUUGGAAACCCAAUAUCCAUUUGCAGUUGUUCCUGGAAAUGGUAUUUCUAUCAUGGAUGGUAGUGAUGAAGGUGUUUAUGCCUGGGUUACUGCUAACUACUUGCUUGGUAAUAUUGGAUCUGCUGAAAAGACCCCUACUGCUGCUGUAUUUGAUCUUGGUGGUGGUUCGACACAGAUUGUAUUUGAGCCUCACUUUUCUAGUCCUGACAAGAAACUGGCUCCUGGUGAUCACAAGUUCGACUUGGACUUUGGUGGCCGUCAAUUUAGCCUUUAUCAACAAUCCCACUUGAAGUAUGGUUUGAAUGUUGCUCGUGGUUUGAUUGAUGCCUUGGUUGUUUCAAACUAUCUUAAGAGUCAUGAGAUCACCGAAUCUACUCAGAUUGUUAACCCUUGUAUGCCUCCCGGAAGCCAGUUGUUGAAUCAUGAGGUCAAGGUCGAGAAAUCGUCUGAUGAAGGAACUACCCCUAGCGUAAAGACCUAUACUGUAGAUUUUAUUGGACCAAAAGAGCACUCUGAGGUGCAAUGUAGAGGACUUGCUGAGAUCAUUCUCAACAAACAGAAAAAGUGUGAGCUUGAACCCUGUUCUUUCAACGGUGUUCAUCAACCAUCUAUUGUUGACUCGUUCUUGCGUGAGAGUGAUAUUUUCAUCUUUUCUUACUUCUACGACCUUACCUAUCCUCUUGGAAUGCCAUCUUCAUUCACUAUUGACGAGCUCAAGGACCUCACUAGCAAGGUUUGCAGAGGAAAAGAGGCUCAUGACUCGUUUGCUGCUAUCGAUGGUGCUGUUGAGGAACUCAAUAAGAACCCUCAAUGGUGUCAAGAGCUGAAUUUCAUUGUUGCAUUGUUGCAUACUGGUUAUGACAUUCCCGGUCACCGUGAGGUCAAGAUCGCCAAGAAAAUUAAGGACAAUGAAUUAGGUUGGUGUCUCGGUGCUUCUUUGCCAUUGUUGGACAAGGAGACUGCUGGGUGGACCUGUAGAGCUUAA